CUUUCACACAAAUAGCCCUGGACGCCCGUGUUACCAACCUUGUCUCAGCUGCCAAAUUCUGCUUGAAGGACUGAAAAAGGGCAAGAAUAUCCAGAAUGGGCAUGAGUAGCUUGAAACUGCUGAAGUAUGUCCUGUUUUUCUUCAACUUGCUCUUUUGGUUCUGUGGCUGCUGCAUUUUGGGCUUUGGGAUCUACUUCCUGGUCCACAACAAUUUUGGAGUGCUCUUCCAUAAAUUACCCUCCCUCACUCUCGGCAAUGUGUUCAUCAUCGUGGGCUCCAUUAUCAUGGUGGUUGCCUUCCUGGGCUGCAUGGGCUCUAUCAAGGAAAACAAGUGUCUGCUUAUGUCGUUCUUCAUCUUGCUGCUGAUUAUUCUUCUUGCUGAGGUGACCUUGGCCAUCCUGCUCUUUGUGUAUGAACAGAAGCUGAAUGACUAUGUGUCUGAGGACCUGAGAAACAGCAUUCGUCGUUACUACUCAGACAACAGCACCAAGGUGGCGUGGGACUCCAUCCAUUCAUUUCUACAGUGUUGUGGCGUAAAUGGCACGAGUGAUUGGUCCACAGGCCCACCACCAUCUUGUCCCCGAGAUCCAGAAGUGACGGGUUGCUAUAAAAAAGCAAGACUCUGGUUUCAUUCCAAUUUCCUGUAUAUUGGAAUCAUCACCAUCUGUGUUUGUGUGAUCCAGGUAUUGGGGAUGUCCUUUGCACUGACCCUGAACUGCCAGAUUGAUAAAACCAGCCAGGCCCUAGGGCUGUGACCUGAAACUGCUCUGUGCUGGAGAGACUUGUUUCAUCUCUGGAAAUCCAAAGCCAUUUAUAGCAUGAAGUUCUAAAUGAUUGCCUGCUGGACUGGCAUCUUUGUUCUCCUCCCAUAUCUUCCCUGUGUAGUUCCCUGUCUUAUAAAACCAGAGAAGAAGGUGUUGACCAGUAUUUUCCAUCUCAGUCAGCAAGACUACCUUCUACCCACUGAUAGCAGCAGCCAUGUCUCCUAAGGUGGUGAAACUAACACCUGUGUGGUUUUUGGACAUAAGCAGCCAAGAGAACAUGUGACACUAAGAGCUCAAGAUCAAAGGUUGGGGUCCAAGAUAUUAAUUUUUUCAUUUUCCUAUUGUCAAAUUAGUCUUCAGCUUCCAAAUCAUGCCCAGUCUGUUCUUUAAAGUCAAGGAAGAGACAAACUGAAGUGAGUCCUGGAUCUAGAUUCACUGGAUCGUUGUCACAACCCUCUGUUUCUUUUUGGCUAGAGGCCAUGGCUAUAGGAAUGACAGAGUACAUUUUCUUCAAAGGGCCAGGUUUCAUGUCACUUUCCUUAUUUAAAUGUCUUAUUGGUUUAUUUUAUGUCUUUCUGAAAAAACUAUCCAGUGUUCAUAGCCUGACUUCAACCAGUGUUUUAGCUAAUAAUCCCAUUCAAAGGAGUUCUAGUGUUAUGUCUCUCUCGGAUAAGGUUUUGUUAAUGUACAAUUUUAACUCUUCAUUAAAUAAAGUAGCUUAUCAUCUCAA